AUGAGGAACUUCCUGGGUAGCUUGCUACCAGGUAGUGGCAACGCUGCCCCUAAGAGUGACCCGGCGAAGGUCGAUGGUGGUCAUCACCCGGUGUAUCAGUUCAAGCUGGUGGUUUUGGGCGACACGUCGGUCGGUAAGAGCUGUCUAGUUGGCCGCUUCGUGAAGAACACGUUUUUGGAGUUCCAGGAAUCUACAAUCGGCGCCGCUUUCAUGACGCAGAGCGUGAAGUUUGAUGACUACACUGUGAAAUUCGAGAUUUGGGAUACUGCCGGGCAGGAGCGCUACCGUACCCUGGCCCCGAUGUACUACCGUGGCUCAGCUGCCGCCAUAAUAGUGUACGACAUUACGCUAAAGGAGUCGUUCCAUCAGGCCAAAGGGUGGAUCCAGGAGCUGCAGUCGUACGUUGACCCUAACAUCGUGUUGGCACUUGCUGGCAACAAGCUCGAUCUGGAGGCGUCCCGUGAGGUGCCCCGCGAAGUUGCGGAAGAGUUUGCCAACGCUAACAACUGCCUGUUUAUGGAAACGUCGGCCAAGAGCGGCCACCUGGUGCAGGAGCUGUUUACCGAGAUAGCGAAAAUAAUUCCCAAGGGCAAGCGCAUCCACGACUUCCACGAGGGCUUCAAGAUCGACACCGGCUCGUCGCUGCCGAAGAUAAACUGCUGCGGGAAGUGA